AUGAGCAAAACUACUUUUGAUGAGUUAGUGAUUUCUGAGUGUAACCAAGAGGGUCAAUCAGAAUCAUCAGAAUUUAGAUUUGAGUCCCUUUAAAAAAGAGGCAGUUAAACAACAGAUGCAGAAGCUAAACGUUACCAUAAAAUUCCAUUAUAAACACAAAUUCAAUUGUUUUAAAUGGUCUUUCAAUAAGGAAAACGGAUAAAACAGGUUGCGAAAUCAUUGAGAAUGAAUUAUUCAAGUGCUAAGUCAUUGAUUCAUUAUUAUAAAAAAAAUAAAAGACCUAUUCCAACAGCUAUCUCUAGCAUAAUAAGCUUAAAUAAAACAUGCAUUAUAAAGGAAACAAUAUAAGGAAAUGAUAAUUUUUUCGUUGACAUACGAAUAAAUUAAAAAAGUAUUAGGAAAUAUAAUUAUUAUCAACAAUAAAGUAUAGAUUUGAAUAACGUAUCGAAAUGA